ACCUUCCUGUAAAAAUGCUUUCGAGGGGCAAUGGGGAUGGCAGCAAGAUGGCUUAAAAGCUUCUUGACGGGCAAGAGGGAGGAGAAGAAGACCUUAACGUCUUCACUGCUGACAAAGGCCCAAUUAGAUCCAAUCCAAGUGCGCACUCCAAAGGAGAAGAAGAGAUGGAGCUUCAGAAAACAAGCAGCAGCAGGGAAGGGUUCGACUUCUCCAGACCAAACAGUAAGUACACCUACUAAUGCGCUGUUAGAGGCUGAGAUUGAUCAAAAGACGCAUGCAAUGGCUGUAGCAGCGACGGCAGCUGCCACAGCAGGUGUUGCCGUUGCUGCUGCACAGGCUGCAGCAGAUGUGAUGAGUCUAACCUCCGCCACCACUGGUAAAACAUCCAGUGCCAUUGAGGAGGCAGCUGUAAUCAAGGUUCAGGCCGCCUUUAGAUCAUAUCUGGUACUUCCUGUUCUCCUCUCGUCUCUUUAACACAUUGCUGGU